AUGCCAGCGGGUGCGCGCGCGUUUCCUUCACAGUCGGUUGACAGCUGGAAGACGGAGAGGCUUCUCAACACAGCGUAGAAAAACUUUCGAUUUUCAUUUUGUCUUUUGUUUUGACGUUGUACGAGCCAAUCACAGGAACAAUCUCUUCGCGACUGCGCGGAGGUUAUUCCCUUCUUUAUUUGUUGCUUUAUUUGAUUUGAACACUUUCUUUAGAAGUAAGUGGAGAACUGUCGCCGGUUCCUGAUAUAAGAGUGAAAAGAGCUCAUUCCAGAUCGCAGAGGGAAACUCAAUUGUUCUCAAUUGACACUGUUUUAUGACUUGAUUCCUACCAUCUGUGGACUCUGGAAUUAAAGAAUAUGACAUUCUGAUGCAUAUGAUUACAGUGAUUUUGUGCUAGCUUCCCAUUUACAUCCUCUAGAGGAAAAAAAAGCUUGCCUAUAAAAGAACUAUCAAAAUAUAAAUAACUGACAAAGUGAUAUCAUUUUAUUAUCAUACACUAUUGGAUAUUUCAACAAUGCCAACUUGGCCAGAGGAAGACCCUUGGAAUGAUGGACUUCUAACCAGACAGAAGAAACAUGGCUCUCUAUCCCUUAGCCAUCACCAGUUGUGUUUGUAUUUCUUCAUGACACGUGGAUGGAUAUAGACAUUGUUCAGCUGCAGUCACCAUCGAUUUUCUACUUAAAUCAGUUACAUCGUUGGCCUCAGAGAAUGAUAUGCCCAAGAAAGAAGAGGCCCAUCAAAGAUGAGGAUUUUUCUGCCAUCGUGGUGCCCUCCAUGAGGGGUCAUGGUUACUUGGAUUACACGGUUGAAAGUCACCCAUCUAGAGCCAUGCAAAUCAUGGAUGAGUUCCGCCAUCACGAGUUGCUCUGUGACCUGGUUUUACAUGUGACAUACAAGGACAAGAUAGUGGAUUUUAAGGUGCAUAAACUGGUGCUGGCUGCCUGCAGUCCUUACUUCAAAGCCAUGUUCACCAGUAAUUUCAAGGAAUGCCACGCCUCGGAGGUCACCCUGAGAGACGCGUGUCCUCAGGUCAUCAGCCGCCUCAUUGACUUCGCCUACACCUCCCGCAUCACAGUGGGCGAGAAAUGUGUUCUUCAUGUUCUCUUGGCUGCCAUGCGUUAUCAGAUGGAAGAAGUGGCCAGAGCGUGCUGUGAUUUCCUCACAAAGAACCUGGAGCCGUCUAAUGUCAUAGGCAUCUCGAGAUUCGCAGAGGAGAUCGGCUGCACUGAGCUGCACCUUCUUACUAGAGAGUAUAUCAACACUCACUUCAAUGAGGUAACCAAAGAGGAGGAGUUCUUCAGUCUGUCCCAUUGUCAGUUGCUGGAGCUGAUUAGUCAGGACAGUCUAAAGGUGCUAUGCGAGACUGAGGUCUACAAGGCCUGUAUCGACUGGGUCCGCUGGGAUGCAGAGAGUCGUGCCCAGUACUUCCAUGCCCUCCUCAAUGCAGUCCACAUCUAUGCCUUGCCACCCACAUUCCUCAAACGACAACUGCAAUCCUGCCCCAUUCUUAGCAAGGCCAACUCCUGCAAGGACUUCCUGUCCAAAAUCUUCCAGGACAUGACUCUUCGAAAACACUUGCCACCUGCACCCCAUCGCGGGACACAGCUUAUAUAUGUAGCUGGGGGUUACAGGCAACACUCCCUGGACUCUUUGGAAGCCUUUGACCCACGGAAGAAUGUCUGGCUGAAGUUAGCCGAUAUGGGAUCUCCCUGUAGCGGACUAGGGGCCUGCGUGUUGUUUGGGCUCCUUUAUACUGUCGGAGGCCGGAACCUUUCUAUACAGAAUAACACAGAAUCCGGAUCUUUGUCCUGCUACAACCCCAUGACCAACCAGUGGACCCAGCUAGCUCUGCUUAACACACCCAGAAACAGAGUGGGUGUUGGGGUCAUUGACGGGAGCAUUUAUGCUAUAGGGGGCUCGCAUGCCUCUACACAUCACAACAGUGUUGAGAGGUAUGACCCAGAGACAAACCGCUGGACAUUUGUAGCACCUAUGUCAGUUGCGCGACUUGGGGCUGGUGUUGCCACAUGUGGAGGAAAUCUGUAUGUGGUUGGGGGCUUCGAUGGGGACAACCGAUGGAACACGGUGGAGCGCUAUCAGCCAGACACUAAAACCUGGCAGCAUGUGGCACCUAUGAACACUGUUCGGAGCGGUCUUGGGGUGGUGUGUCUGGAUAACUACCUCUAUGCAGUUGGUGGCUAUGAUGGUCAAACCCAACUUAAAACGAUGGAGAGAUAUAACGUAGCUCGAGAUGUGUGGGAACCCAUGGCCUCUAUGAAUCACUGCCGCAGUGCACAUGGAGUCACGGUCUUCCAGUGCAAGAUAUACGUUUUAGGUGGAUUCAAUCAAGGGGGUUUCCUGUCCAGCGUGGAGUGCUACUGUCCGGACAGUAAUGUAUGGACGUAUGUAACUGAUAUGCCUGUUGGCCGCAGUGGAAUGGGUGUUGCUGUGACCAUGGAACCAUGCCCUGGAAUUCUGCCAGAAGAUGAGGAGGAGGAGGUGUAAUGUGGAAGCAUGAACUCUGAACAUGUGCCAUCUGAUGACAACUCAAAGUCGACUUUAUGCAUGUGAUGCCAAUGAGGACAUUUUUCUUUUUAAUAUAUAGGUUCAUUCAAGUUUAUUUCGAUAAAUCUCUCUCUACUACAAAGUGUGCAUGAUUCAGAGAGAGAGAGAAGUCGCUAAUCACUGGACUAUCAGAUCUGAAUGAAUAUGUUGUGACUGAGACAUACACAGUCGUAUUGUCUAACUAGCUUGUUCUAUAUUCAUGUCAGAAUAAGCACUUUUUAACCCUCAUGUGUUGUUCGGGUCAUUUUUGACCCAUUUUCAUUUUAUUUCUUUAAUAAAAAUGGUAUUCUUCGUCUGA